AUGAUUAAGGAAUUUGGACAAGACAUUUUUCUGGCAGCUGAAGCCACGGAUGGGAUCGGUGAUGCAGAAAAGAAAGCUUUGCUCAAAUUGGCAAUACUAACACAAGCUGGGUUCGUGAAGUUGAUGGUGGAGAAUAAGCUGGAUGCAUUGGUGACUGCUGGCUCUGAUGUUGCUCCUGUGCUUGCAAUCGGGGGGUUUCCGGGAAUUAGUGUCCCUGCUGCAUACGAUAUCAAUAGCAAGGGGGUUCCUGUUGCCUUAUCACUAUCUGAGUGGUCACUCGCCUUCAAGAGCCAUGAACUCUCAAUCAGAGAAGCCACUGUGCAGGACCUCCAAAAAGCCUUCAAGCAAAACCAGCUCACAUCAAGGCAACUAGUUGAGUUCUACAUUAAAGAAAUCAAUAAACUUAACCCGGUUCUGAAAGGGAUCAUAGAGGUGAACCCCGAUGCUUUAUGCCAAGCAGAGCAAGCUGACCAGGAGAGAGAGGUCAAGUCACCUAGGUCACUGUCUGGGUUACAUGGUAUUCCUAUCCUCCUUAAGGAUAAUAUUGCAACCAAGGAUAAGCUUAACACGACUUCCGGAUCGUUGGCGUUGUUAGGAUCAGUGGUACCCCGGGAUGCCGGUGUGGUGAUGAAGUUGAGGAAUGCAGGAGCCAUUAUAUUGGGAAGGCUAGCUUGA